AACUAGAACAACGUGGUCUGGUUCUGCUCGUUCACGGGCGGGAUUUUGUGGCGGGAACCUCCAUUCCCGCCAACAUUUUCAGGGCUGUGGCUGAGAGCAGGAGGACUCUGGCGGUACUGACACGUAGCUUCGUGGAGAGUUAUUGGUGCAACUUUGAGUUACAG